GACCGCGGUGGCGCGGUGCACGCCGGGAAGGUAUAAAAGCCCUCGCCGUCGCCCUGGUCCUCACAACGCUGUGAUCUCGAGCCCAGCCAACAUCAUGAAGGCCUGCGUGAUUCUCCUGGCAGUGGUGGCCGUCUGCGCCGCGAUGCCCCGCCCGGGCCCCCCCGCGCCCCCCGGCCCCCCCAUGGCGCCCCCCAUGACGCCGCCCAUGACGCCCCCCGUGGGCACCCCGUCGGAGAAGGGCGACCUGAAGGGCGAGGAGGCCCUGUACCUGGCCAGCCCGUACUCGGCCUACUCGCUGCCCUACUCGAUGUACAACUACAACGCCCUGCCCAGCCUCGGCUACCAACCCAGCUUCCAGUACGGCAACCUCGGCUACCAGUACGGCUACCCCUACUACUACUAGCGUCCUCAUCGUCACCGCCCCGCGACCCUCCGAAAGACUGACUCCAUUUCGCGCAACAAGACAAAAAGGAAAUGUGCAAUCGAUUUAUAAAAAAACAAAACUCAAGCAAUGAAUAAACUAUUGAAAAACACAC